AUGACAUCCCCGAGAACCUGGUUCGACCAGGGACCUCCACGCGGGCACUAUGAGCGCGGUCGCAUUAUCACCACCGACGACGGAACCCGGUGGGAAAUCCUCGAACGCCUCAAGCAAGACGACAUCCAGAGAGUGGCGCAGUCACGCAUCUCACCCAGCCAUGCGACCCUAAAAAUGAGCUGUAUAAAGGCUAACGCCAACCCAAGCGAGAGAAGCACAACCGAAGCAAUAUUACGGGUAUAUCUACAGAUUCCCUAUAUAGGGUCUGAGUUCGAAGAUUCUGAUACUCGCGCCGCGCAAGCCGAUGACACCUUUCAGCCUGAGGAGCUCGAGGCAUAUACCAUUCUAAGCGACCAUACAACGGUUUCGAAAUUCACACCGAAACUGCUGGGAUCUAAGGUGUCGAAGCAGGGGCCCUCAGGCUUCGUUCCUGGUGGGUUUUAUAUCGUCGUUGUAUGGGAAAGGGUUCAGGGACUUCCUAUCGGCGAUCUCACUGGAAAUGCGACUGGAUAUUGGGCUUUGCCACGGUAUGAGCGUGCGAAAAUACGCGAACACUUUGAAAGGACCUUCAAGGAAAUCUCCUCUACAGUUGAUUCUGGGUUGGAUUCCGUUGGAUUAUUCGGAAAAAGAACAGGAUCUGGGAUAAGGGGUUGUCUGCCUACAUUUGACCUGGUUAGAACCCCAAAUAAUCGGUGGACACGUCGUGACUGGGAUGGUGAUACUACAGGCUGGGAAUACUAG